AUGUCGGAACAAAUUGAUAAAUUAAAUGAACAGGAAAAAGUUGAUAUAACACCAAGAUCAAGUGACGGAUAUACACAUAAAGUUAGAUCAUAUCAUAACGACGAUGAUGAUGAAAGUGUAAUCAAUAUAUCCGAUAUCAAUCCAAAAAAUCAACUAUGUCAAACGAAGUCAAAUCAAAAUGAGCCAGAUAUCGCAUCUCCACCUUAUUCUCGAUUUGGUACAACAGAGAAAAUGAUCUUAGUGAUACAAUGUGCCUUCACUGGGUUCUUCUCUUCCAUUGCCGGUGCUAUAUAUUAUCCUGUCUUAUCUGUAAUUGAAAACGAGUUUAAUAUCACAGAAGAAAUGGUCAACAUUACAGUGGUAGUUUAUUUCAUUUUCCAAGGUAUCGCACCAAGUAUUAUGGGUGGUUUAGCAGAUUCUAUGGGAAGAAGACCAGUCGUUCUAUCAUCAGUCUUAGUUUAUUGUUGUGCAUGUAUUGGUCUUGCAUGUUCUCAUACUUAUGCACAAAUUAUUGUCUUAAGAUGUCUUCAAGCUGCUGGGAUAUCACCAGUUAUUGCUAUCAACAGUGGUAUUAUGGGUGAUAUUACUACGAGGGCAGAAAGAGGUGGGUAUGUUGGUUAUGUUUCUGGUUUCCAAGUUAUCGGUUCCGCCUUCGGUGCAUUAAUCGGUGCUGGUUUAUCUGCAACAUGGAGUUGGAGAUCUAUCUUUUGGUUCCUAGCCAUUGGUUCCGGGGUAUGUCUAGUUGCAUCUAUAAUUAUCUUACCUGAAACUAAGAGGACAGUUGUUGGGAACGGAUCCAUUAUGCCUCCAAAUAGAAUAAGCAGAGCACCAAGUUUAUAUUUCCCACCUUUGAGGAGGAAACUUCAUUUAGACAACCCGGAUUUAGAAACCAAAGAACCACAUAUUAAUGUAAAUAUUUUUGCUUCAUUCAAGAUUUUAACUAUUCCAGAAGUUACCAUAUUAUUAUUUGUCGCAGGAUUGCAAUUUUCAACUAAUACGGUACAUCAAACUGCAUUGUCCACUGUUUUAAGUAAAAGAUAUGGGUUAACAGUUGCAAAAAUUGGGUUAUGUUAUUUACCUUCGGGUAUUUGUACUCUGAUCAGUGUGGUAACAUCAGGUAGAUACUUAAAUUGGAUUUAUAGAAGAAGAAUGGCAGCACAUAACAAAUGGAUAAAGGAACAAGAAGCCGUAUUGCUCGAACAAAACAAUCAUGAUAUUGAUGCGGUCAGAGAGAUUAUAGCAACAGACUCUAAAUAUACGUUCAACAUUUUCAAAGCAAGAUUAGAACCGGCAUUAGUAACAUUAUUGUUAAGUGCUUCUGGGUAUGUUUCGUUUGGUUGGUGUAUAUCAGUGAAGGCACCAUUAGCAGCAGUUCUUGUUACCAGUGGGUUUGGAUCAUUAUUUUCCAAUUGUAUUUUGACAUUCUCAUCUACAUUGAUUGUUGAUCUUUUCCCAUCUAAAUCUUCCACUGCGACUGCCUGUUUAAAUCUUUUCAGAUGUUUAAUGUCAGCUAUUCUUAUCGCAUGUUUAAGUAAGAUGUCUAUUGCAAUGACAUAUGGUGGGGUGUUUACAUUUUUAGGUGCGUUAGCCGCUUCGUCAUCUUUAUUACUUUUAUUCCCAAUAAGACAUGGUAAAGCUCUCGCAUUGAAGAGACGGAAGGAAGAAGAAGCUUUGCUUAUAAGUAAAAAUGUUGAUUCUAUUAAAUCACCAGUUUAA